AUGGCUCGUUUGAGCAAAAUGUCGGUGGUUGUAUCUGCCUUGGUGGUUUUGGGAGGUGUUACUUUUGCGGACCCAAUAGCAUCAUGCAACAACUUUUAUACUGUUCAGAGCGGGGACUUCUGUUACAAUAUUGCUCAGAAUCAAGGCCUUGCGAGCUUUGCAGUACUGGAACAACUAAACAGUGCUGGCACUGCUUUGGCCUGUGAGACGGUUCCAAUUUUGCCUGGUCAAAUUCUGUGCAUCGGUGCAGCUGGUGCUCCUGCGGCAGGAGGCUCUGCGGAUGGAAAAUGCGGUGCUGGAUUUGGCAGUUGUGCAUCUGGAUGUUGUUCUCAAUACGGUUACUGUGGUACAACAAUUGAUUAUUGUGGUGCUGGUUGUGAUGCCAAUUUUGGGUCUUGCUCUACUAAUGGUGAUGGUGGCGCCCGCGUUUCUACUGACGGAACUUGUGGUGGGAAUGUCGUCUGCCCAACCGGCGAAUGCUGCUCACAAUACGGAUUCUGUGGAAGCUCAGCAGACUACUGUGGUGCUGGAGCCACUACGACUGAAGCAGGACGAUGCGGUGUUGCCGAUGGACUCACAUUUGGAACAUCGUGCACUGGGAAUCUCCAAUGCUGUUCCUCGUUUGGAUGGUGCGGUAAUACUGCUGCCCAUUGCGCUACCGGGUGUCAAGCAGCUUAUGGUUCUUGUGGGGCCAACACUGUCGUCGCAUCUCCAGUCGCCAGUGCUGCUGCUCCAACUGCUUCUCCCGCAGCUGCAGGUGCUUCCGCUGGUCCUUCACCACUCGCAUCAGCUGCUGCGUCAGCUGCCCCGUCACCAAUCGCAUCGCCGUUUGUUGCUUCACCAUCUGGAUACCCAGAUGCUUACGGCAACCAGUGCUUUGACUAUACAUUGGGAUGUCCAAAAACCUUUAACUUCAUCGAUCCUACAUCCCGAAAAUUAGCAAGAAGAGGAAUAAGACCCAUUAUAAAUUAUGGUAGAACCAACCUUACCACAGCUACUCUCAAUAGCGUUAACCUGACGUGCAACUAUCAGAAUGGAAAUGUCUAUUUGGCUGGUAACUUGCUAAACAUAACUGCUUCGGUUGAAGGAUCAUUGGUCAUGACUUGUGCUUAUGGAAACUCUGCAAACACCUGUGCUUAUUUAACCAACUACAUCGAUCUUUCCAUUGGCGGCUUUCCCCUCGCCAACGGCACGCAAGCAUGUCCAUCUGCCGUGCGAGACUGCUCAUAA